UCUCAGAUCAAAGAAGUUGUCACAGCAUUAAUUUUAAUUUUAACUUUUGAUAGUAUCUGUUCUGGCCAGCUGUAUUUAGUUUGACCCUGCUUGUUAGUUGUUAACCUACGGCAGGCUGUGUGAAGGAAUGUCCUCCUCUUUGUUGCUGCGUCUCCAAGGUGACAGUCUGCAGGUCAGUGGAGCAGCUCAGUCUGACUGGAGCUUCUUUCAUUUCAACGCAACUUUUGAGGCCUUUUCCCGGACAUAUUUCUGCCCUGUGAGUAUGAACCGGAACCAGCACUCGGUCCCACACUCGGUGAAGUGCUGGCAGCUGAACGGAACCGACUAUAAACCGCAGCAGGUCCAAAAGCUGCGAAGCGAGACCCGCUUCAGCAGCUGGACUCCACUGAACCACCAGCAGAGCAACAUACAGUUGUUUGAGGAGCGUCUGAACCUGGUUCUGCGCUGGUUUGACCUGUGGACGGACCGGCAGAGGAAGCUCCUGCUAUGCUCUCUGCUCUCACGAUGCUCCACGUCGCAGCUCAAGUUCUGUCGGGAUCAGCUGAUGGAGGCGGUUCCGGUGACCCAGCUGGACUUCACAUCGGUGCUGCCUCGGUUCCUGUCCCUCUAUGUGAUGUCCUUCCUGUCCCCUCUGGACCUCUGCAGCGCCGCCCAGGUCAGCUGGCACUGGAGGGUUCUGGCUGAGCAGGACUGUCUGUGGGCGGGUCGGUGCAUCAGAAGAGGCUGGUUCCUUCCUUACACUCCUGCAGAUAAAGAGUUCGGAGCCUGGAAGAACCACUACGUCUUCUGCGUGUCCACACUGGACCGGCUCAGUCCACGGCGGGCAGCAGAGAUGUAUGGAACCCUGAACCAGCAGAACCUGGGGAGGGAGGAGGAGGAAGAGAGGAGGAAGGAGAGGAGGAUCAGGGAGAUGAUCAGGGAGAAGCUUCAGGAGGAGAAGAGAGUUUCUCUGAGAACCAGGAGAGUCUGGGGCAGCUCCACUAGGCCAGAAGCAUCCAGAGGUGGAGGUUCCCUGUCAGGGAGGUCCAGCUCUGGUGUGACAUCCAUGGAUCUUGGAUCUUCCACCCUCAGUCUGGACAGGAGGCGACUCACGGCUGAAGGUCAGAGUCUGGGGAGAUUUCAGGCCUCCACUCUGAGCAGUGACAAUCUGAGCAGACCCUCCACCUCCAGACCUGCUCUGAAUCCACCUCAUGCUCCCCUCUUACUGCUCAUCUCCAGCAGAACUCCCGCCUAUGAGCUGCUGCUGAGCGGUGUGACGUCCGGAGUGAUGGUGGUUCUGUACGACCACAGAGGGACUCUACCGGCUCUGCUGGCCCAGGUGGAGAGAGCCGUUUGUGGGCGGCCGGCUCAGAGGCUCGGCCUGCUGGCACCAGGAGGAACAGAGGAAAUUAAUCUGCUUCAUGACUGCAGCCUGUCAGAGAGGACCCUGCUGAACCCUGAUCAGAGAGAAUUCUGGGAGAAGCUGUGUGGCUGGGUGGCGCCGACUAGCGAAGGAGGGGGAAUGGAUAUCUUCUGUCCUCUGGCUGCAUCUGGUACCAUCAUGAUAAGACACUUCUCUCAAUAUGUCUCCUCGUUCCACUGGCUUACCACCUGUUGGUGUCUUGUAGCAUCAGGAGGGACUCUGAUCCAACGUCUGUCCGCUCUGACCGGUCUGGAGGUUCGAGCUCCGAUGGGUCUGGCCACCGGCAGCUUCCAGAACAUCCUCAGCGAGUGGUCGGUCAGCGUUGCUUCCGGACUGUCCGACCAGCAGCCAGCAGCUCCAGCGCUGCAGUAUGUGAACGACGGUGUUCUGCAGUUGUGGUGUCAACAGGCUCAGUGGAUGGAGGAGGUUCUGAUGGAGCUGAGGGGCUUCAUGGGGCCACAGAUCCAGCAGAUCAGCCUCCAGACCACGGGCCGAGCUCUGGGUUAUUUUCUGUGGGACAAAGUGUGCCUGGACAAGCUUUGUGUGUUCAAAGAUCUGAGUGAUGCUCUGACUGAAGGACUCACUGCUCUGACCAGACAGAAAGAGACCAGACCGCUGGAGUUUCUGGUAAACUUCCUGACUAGAUGGAGUAAAGAGGAGGAACAGCAGAGUAAUGGAGAGGACGAGUGGAGAAGCAAAGGAGGCCAUUCGUCUUCAGGAUCACAAAAGUCACCUGAAGUAGUUCAGACGCCAUUUGAUUGGAGAGGGUCAGUUGCCAGAGAGCUGCACCACAGCGAGUGUCUUUAUCUGAGCAGGUUGAGGGCUGUGAUGAAGGUCUACCAGGAACCUCUGACUGCAGCUCUGAACUCCAACAGAGCAAUCCUCAGCUACACAGACAUCCAGAUCAUCCUCAGCCCUGUUGGACUCAUUUUAGAGCUCCACCGGGUGUUUGAGGCAGAUUUACAGGUCAGACUGCAGCAGUGGGGACCAGAGCAGUGUAUUGGAGAUGUGUUUGUAAAGUUCUGCUCCAAACUCCGAGUCUACAGCAACUAUCUCAACAACUACACAACAGCACUGUGCACUAUUGAUAAGUGCAGAGAGAACAAACCUUCAUUUCGAGCUUUCCUGAAGAGAACAGACAGAACUCUUGCCACACACAUGUUAAGCCUGCAGGAGCUGCUGCUGUGUCCAGUGUGGAGGAUUCAGGAAUAUGUGACUCUGCUUCAAGCUCUGGGCGUCCACACAAAGCCCGAUCAUUCAGACCAGCCACACCUCUGCUCUGCCCUCAGCACUCUGCUACAAUUCAAGGAGUUCACACAAAAGUUGAAGCGUAACUCGGAGGCAGAUCGACUUAUAGAAGAGACGCAGCAGCUCAUCCAAGGAUGUCCGAACCUCAAGGAAGGAAACAGGCAGCUGAUAAUAAGUCAGGAUGCUGCUUUGCUCCGGAGUGCAGAUGAACAGAUUCCAGAUUCUCUCAGGACCUACGAGCAGGUGUGUGACGUCAGCCUCUUCCUCUUUAACGACGCUUUGGUGCUAACGAGGAGAAGCCUGCAUCACACACCUUUCAGACCGGCUCACCGCUGCACACACACGUUCCUGGCUUCGGUUGAUGUCGGCAGCCUGGACGUCCGAGAGAUCGCACACAAUCGCUAUGUGAGCAACGCCUUCGUCCUGCAGGGUCCUCGUCGUUCGUGGGUUUGCGCCACAGGAAGCGGUGGAGAGAAGCAACACUUCCUGUCUGUGCUGCGAUCGGCCGUGAAGUCUGCUCUGAGAGGACGUCAGUGAAGCUCUGGGACAACCAGCAUUUUCAUCUGAACCAUCCGGCUCUGGAUCCUCCCACUCGGUGCUCACCUCUGUGUUCAACAGGAAUGGAAAUGAUAGUCACUGGAGAUGAGGGGUGUGACACUGGAAUUUACUUCAGCGACUCUCUGCGGUGACGGACUCUGAGCUUGAAUUUGUGUGACUGUGUGCGGAGCUGAUGUCACGCCGGUGGUUUGGGAUUCUCUCUAUUGUCUGCUCACUUCCUGACCCAGCUUUCAUUAUCCCAAUGACUUGGCAACUCGCCUCCAAUUGUCUCCGAAUUAAAGUGAGAAGAAGCAGACUGGAGCUGCCACGUCAUGGCUUCAGCUUUUUGUGGUUUCUCCACUGGUUUUACUUGGCCGUGCAUCUUCUUUUGUCUCCUGUGUGUCAUCUAGAAACUGCACAAAUGAUUGUCAGUGGGGGAAUACGUCUGAUGUAAUUAAGGUGGUGACUGCUGCAUGCAGCUUGUAGAAUUACUGUCAACUUGAGCUUACACAGUGAUUACAAUCUUGCACUCCUUAUCACAGUGCAACAAAAACACUACUAUCUGCCAUGUUUCUUGAUCUUUUGUGUUUUAACGAGUCAAAAUGGAAUUAGUCUCCACGCCGUUUCACUCCUGGACAAUGGUGUAAACCUUCUAAACAACAAGCAGUUUUUGUAUUUGCUCCUGUCAUAUUUUUCUUCAGGCUUUGUGAUUAGCACCUUCAUUUUGCGGCUAGAAGAUCCUCGCCUUCCCGGGAUCUUUCUGCAUGGAGUUUGCAUGUUCUCCCCGUGCAUGUGUAGGUUUUUCUGAGUACUCCGGCUUCCUCCCACAGUCCAAAGACAUGCUGAGGUUAACUGGUAACUCUACAUUGUCUUCAAACUUCAGAAUAAUAAAGCUGAACUUCAUUUUGGGGAAGAAAUUUCUAGGCAGACAGGAGACAAAUUAGAGUAAAAGUCUGAACCCUUGACCACAAAACUAAGGGGAUCCAGGGGCUCUGUAAGGGCAUUUGAACACCUCUGGGAAAUUUUAGAUUGACAUGUUGGGAUCAUCAACAUCGUCAAAUGAAGAAAAAUCUUUGAGGUUGAGGUGCAGAGAUUUGAAGACUUGACGCUGAGGUGUACUGAAGCUCACACAGAGGCUGAACAACUUACUGAGACACUUUGUGGUGUUUUUUCCUUUAAUCUGUCACCCGUGGGUUUGUUCUUGGUGUUUGUUUUUGCACUGAACAUCACUAAAAACUGUCUGUAGGUCUUGAGUGAAGCUAGUUUAUAGAGCCGUGACGUACACCUGUCUGUAGAUGUCAACUCCUAACUGUGCCAUAUUGCAUACGUUGUUUAGAGAAGCGCAUCCAAAAACUGUUUUAUCCUCCUUUGAAUAAUAAAAACAUGCACAAGAGUCCGCUGCAUCAUAAAACACUGUCGGAUAACUGUAGUCGACAGAGCUGUUCCACAUGUGAUUAUUUGGUAAUUAACAAAGUUUACCGCUAGAGAUCUGUAAAUAAAUCCAUCUAAGCAUG